AUGAGCACCACCUAUGAAAUUUCAGAAGAGGCAGUUCCCGAUGUUCCUUUAGUAUUCGUCUCAAAUCAAUAUUUGGACGAGCUUACAAGUAAUAUACGCUCACGUCCAAUCCCUUGGGAUGGAUAUCAAAAAGCCACCCUUAUUACGCAAGAAGAACUUGAUCUUUUGAAAAAAGUUGAUAAACAAAGUCUUGAACAAUUAAAAGUGGUGAUGCAAAAGGAUGCAGAAAAAUAUGCAGAUUUAUACACAAAUCUCUUGGAAAAAUUAAGUCGAAUUGAUACAGUUCAAUAUAUAUUGGUACUAGUUAGUGAGAUGUUAUCAGAUGAGGAACAACGUGUCCAAUAUUUCCAUAAAGUUUCUGAAAAGGAUGCUGAACUUCCUUUUCGCAUCUUUCUAAAAUUGUUAAAUACUGAAGACGAAUUCGUAAGUUUAAUGUCCGCCAAAAUCCUUACCUUAUUAAUUGUCUCAGCUCCAAAAUCUCUUCCUUUUGAUCUUGAAGAAUUUUACCGCUGGAUUACUUUGAAACUUAAGAGUAAUAAUCCUAAUGUAUGCGACCUUGCGGUUCAGAUAUUAGAUUCAAUUUUGAGAGUUCCUAGUUAUCGUGCCAUUAAAGAAAAGAUAAUUCGUGUAAUUAUUGGGACAUUUAAAAAUUUGGUUGAUAAAGCUCCAGAAGCUAAUUUGCCUGCAAUGUUAGUUGCAAGAUUAUUAAAUUUUUGUGAGAAUUUAUCGAGUCGAAAAUGGUCUGAUAAUGAGAUUGUUGAAGACAUUGAGUUUUUGAAAGAUCAACUUCAAGAAAAUUUCCAUAGUUUGUCAACUUUUGAUGAAUAUGCAUCAGAAAUUUCUUCUGGUAUGCUUCAAUGGUCGCCACCACACGAAUCCGAUCAAUUUUGGAAACAAAAUGUUACAAAGUUAAAUGAUAAAGAUUAUGAAUUGUUAAGAAUUUUGGCAAGAAUGCUUAGUCAAUCUAGUGAUAAUGUUGUUCUUGCAAUCGCUGCACAUGAUUUGGGACAAUAUGUAAAAUAUUAUCCUAGUGGGAAAAAGUUUUUACAAGAAAUCGGUGCUAAACGAAGAAUAAUGGAACUCAUGACACAUGAUGAUCCAGAAGUUCGUUAUAGAGCAUUGAUAGCGGUUCAAAAAUAUAUGACACAUGCAUGGUAA